UUCGGAUGUUUUUAGAUAGGGUAUUAUUACAGUACAUAAAUACCAUGGCAUCUAUUUUGCCUUAUCAAUAUGAGCCAGAAUCUGAAGAGGAAACAGACGAAGUCGUUCAACCGGCCACACAAUUAAAUCAACGAAUUGACCAGGACAUUUCUCAGUGCAUCAGCAGACAUACACAGGCUGGAUGGAGCACUCUCAUUGAGAGCGGAGAGACAGGAGAGAAUGACAGGACUGUCAUUUGUCUAAAGAAAAGAAAAAAUUAAAAAGCACUUCUAGUGCUCCUUUCGUUUGGCAACACAUCGCAAUUCUUAGACAGAGGUACAUCUCUGAGCCAGUAGAGGAGGAUUUGUCUCACUAAGGAUUAAACCCACAUCUGCAAUAUCUUAAAACAGUUUGAACAAUCACACCACUAGGAAGAGUCAAGGAACAAAUCAUCAUGGGGAUGCGAGGCCUGCUACUGGCCUGUGUGGCAGUAGCCAUGUUAGUUCAUCUCUCCAGUGCUGGCCUGGUGAAAAGAGUACUUAGACACAGAAGAGAAUCACUGUCACCAACCAUUGAGAACUUGACCCUCCCAAGUCCCGAUCAGCCUGUGGUUUUUAACCAUGUAUACAACAUCAACGUUCCCUCUGGAUCCCUGUGCUCUGUGGACUUGGAUUCACCUGGAACAACACCAUUGAAGCCAAAACCGGCCAAUCUGCAGUCUGACCAACACAUAGAACACACCACGGAUGAAGAGAAUCAGAUUGUUUUUACGCAUAGGAUUAACAUUCCCAAGCAAGCUUGUAGUUGUGAUAACCACAUGCCUGACCUGAAGGAUAUUCUGAACAGGCUGGAAAUGCUGGAGGCAGAGGUAUCCAGUCUAAGAGAGCAGUGCACCAGUGGAACAGGCUGCUGUGGUGCUCAGGUUACAGCAGGUGAAGUCACAACCAAACCCUACUGCAGUGGCCGUGGCAACUACAGCACUGAGACCUGCAGCUGUGUGUGUGAGCCCGGUUGGAAGGGAGUCAACUGCUCUGAGCCAGAAUGCCCAAAUUUUUGCCAGGAUCAAGGCCGUUGUGAAGACAGCAAGUGUAUCUGCUUCGAGGGCUUCGGAGGUGAGGACUGCAGCAUCGAGCUGUGCCCUGUGGAUUGCGGUGAGAAUGGAGAGUGCAUCAACGGAGCUUGCAUCUGUGCGGAGGGCUUUAUCGGUGAGGACUGCAGUUUGACCAACUGCCUAAACAACUGCCUUGGCAGGGGCCGCUGUGUGGAUGACGAAUGUGUAUGUGAAGAGCCUUGGACGGGCUUUGACUGCUCCGAGCUCAUCUGUCCCAAUGACUGCUUCGACCGUGGCCGCUGUGACAAUGGAACCUGCUAUUGUGAAGAGGGAUUUACUGGGGAGGACUGUGGGGAGCUUACCUGCCCCAAAAACUGCAACCACCAUGGCAGGUGUGUCAAUGGACAGUGCGUCUGCAAUAUUGGCUAUAGCGGAGAUGACUGCUCCAAGCUAACCUGUCUCAAUGACUGCAGUCAGAGAGGGCACUGCUUCAACGGCAAAUGCAUAUGUGACCCUGGGUUCGAGGGCGAGGACUGCAGCAUUCUUUCCUGCCCUGACAACUGCAAUGACAGGGGACAGUGCAUAAAUGGUGAGUGUAUUUGUGAUGUUGGCUAUGAAGGUGAUGACUGCUCUGAGCUUUCUUGCCCCAAUAACUGUCACGAUCGUGGCCGAUGUGUCAACGGGAAGUGCAUUUGCAAAAUGGGCUUUACUGGAGAAGACUGCAGCAUCAAGACCUGUUCCCAUGACUGCCAUGGACGCGGAGAGUGUGUAGACGGCAAAUGCGUUUGCCAUAAUGGCUUUGCUGGAGAACACUGUGGCAUCAAGACCUGUCCCCAUGACUGCCAUGGACGUGGAGAGUGUGUAGACGGCAAAUGCGUUUGCCAUGAUGGCUUUGCUGGAGAACACUGUAGCAUCAAGACCUGUCCCCAUGACUGCCAUGGACGCGGAGAGUGUGUAGACGGCAAAUGCGUUUGCCAUAAUGGCUUUGCUGGAGAACACUGUGGCAUCAAGACCUGUCCCCAUGACUGCCAUGGACGUGGAGAGUGUGUAGACGGCAAAUGCGUUUGCCAUAAUGGCUUUGCUGGAGAACACUGUGGCAUCAAGACCUGUCCCCAUCAAUGCCAUGGACGUGGACAGUGUGUAGAUGGCAAGUGCAUUUGCCAUGAUGGUUUUGCUGGAAAAGACUGCAGCAUCAAAACCUGUCCCAAUGACUGCCAUGAGCGUGGACAGUGCGUGGAUGGCAAGUGUGUUUGCCAUGCUGGUUUUACAGGCCACGACUGCAGCGAGUUGACUUGCCCCAGUGACUGCCAUAACCGAGGACGUUGUGUAAAUGGUCAAUGUGUGUGUAACAUCGGAUUCACUGGAGAGGACUGUGGUACAAAGACGUGUCCCAACAACUGCCUGGACCGUGGCUACUGUGAAGAUGGAAAGUGUGUCUGCUUUGAGGGGUACACCGGUGAGGACUGCUCUGUUCUGACAUGCCCAGCAAACUGCAAUGACCAAGGCCAGUGUCUGAAUGGAAUGUGCAUAUGUGAUUUAGGCUUCACUGGCGACGAGUGCUCUGAAAUCUCCCCACCCAGAGACCUGACUGUGACUGAGGUUGAUCCAGAAACAGUGGACCUUGCCUGGGUCAAUGAGAUGCUUGUGACGGAGUAUCUUAUCACCUAUGUGCCUACGGCUCCUGGUGGCUUGGAGAUGGAAAUGAGAGUUUCUGGUGAAAAGAAGACAGCCACUAUUAGGGAGCUUGAGCCUGGCAUAGAGUACCUAAUCAGUGUAUUUGCUGUCCUGAACAGCAAGAUGAGUGUCCCUGUCAGUGCCAGAAUAGCCACACAUCUUCCUGAACCCGAGGGUCUGAAAUUCAAAUCGGUUAGAGAGACCUCAGUGGAGGUGGAGUGGGACCCCUUGAACAUUCCGUUUGAUGGCUGGAACCUCAUUUUUAGAAACACAAAAGAAGAAGAUGGAGAGAUUUUGAACUCUCUCACCCCUCCUGAGACCACCUUUGAGCAGUCUGGUCUUGGACCUGGACAAGAGUAUGAAGUCAAGCUUGAGGUCGUUAAAAACAACACCCGUGGACCCCCAACAAGCAAGAACAUUGUCACAAUGAUUGAUGCUCCCAGCCAGGUGGAUGUGCGUGAUGUGACAGACACUACAGCCCUUAUCACCUGGUUUCAGCCUGUCGCUCAGGUGGACAGCAUCUCUGUGUCCUAUGGCCCAAACACAGAUUCCUCAGACAGGAAAACAAUCAAGCUUUCCUCCAUGGAUACACAGUACCAUCUGGCUGAGCUGUACCCUGACACAGAGUAUGAGGUCUCUCUCAUGGCCCGCAGGGGAGAGAUGACCAGCUUUCCAGUCUAUGAGACCUUCACAACAGACCUUGAUGCCCCCAAGCACCUCAAGGCAGUUGAACAGACAGAUGAGAGCAUAACUCUGGAGUGGAAAAACAGCAGAGCCAACGUCCUCAAUUACCGCGUCAAAUACGGCCCACUUUCUGGAGGGGAGCAUGGAGAACGGGUCUUCCCCAGCGGCCCACAAGACACCACUCAGGCUAAAAUCACUGGCCUUAGGCCCGGGACGGAGUAUGGAAUGGGAGUGACGUCAAUCAAGGAAGAGCGUGAGAGUUUGCCUGUGACAACCAAUGCUGUGACUGAUCUUGAUGCUCCCAAAGACCUUGAAGUAAGUGAGACCACGGAGACCACAUUGGCACUGGUUUGGAGGAGGCCGGUCGCCAAAAUCAACACCUAUGAGCUGGUGUUCACAUCUGCGGAUGGCACAGAAACUGAAUUGGAGGUACCUGGUGCUGCCAAUACCUACAUCCUGACUGACCUGAAUCCCGGCAUGCUGUACACCAUUAGCCUGACUGCCAAGAGAGGAAGAAAGAUGAGUGCCCCAGCCACUCUGUCAGCAUCCACAGAUGAAGAGAAGGCUCAGGUGGGCAACAUCACCAUCUCUGAUGUGUCCUGGGACAGCUUCAGUGUGUCCUGGGAGCUGGACAGAGGAGAGGUUGAGGGCUUUCUGGUUGAAGUAUCUGGCCCAGAUGGCUUAUCUGAUGGCCAGAACUAUACACUAUCCAGCCAGGAGUUCAGCCUGGCUGUCUCUGACCUCUCCCCUAGUACUUUCUACAGAGUCGUACUGUAUGGGCUGUACAAGGGAGAGCUCUUAGAUCCUGUCUUUGCUGAAGCCAUCACAGAAGCUGAACCUGAAGUGGAGCAUCUUUCAGUCUCGGACAUCACCCCGCACAGUUUUAAACUGACAUGGACAGCACCAGAAGGCAUCUUUGAUACAUUCACUCUCAAAGUCGUCGAUUCUAACAGACUGGGACAACCUCUCCAGAUCAGUGUAUCUGGAGACAAGCGAACAGAAGCGGUGACAGGUCUCAGUGAAGAUACGAAGUAUGAAAUCGAACUCUUUGGGAUCCUUUUGGGACGGAAAUUCCAGCCCAUUUUGAUUGUAGCUCGAACAGGUCUGGGAACACCCAAGGGGAUACGCUUUUCUGAUGUGACAGAUACAUCAGCUACUGUUCACUGGACUUUGCCCCGUAACCGUGUAGACAGCUACCGGGUCACCUACGUGCCUGUUCAGGGUGGAAGCCCUAUGACACUGAGAGUAGAUGGAGGACAGUCUCAAACCACGCUGCCCAGUCUGAACCCUGGAGUAACCUACCAGAUCACUGUCAUCGCUGUGAAGGGCUUGGAGGAGAGUGAACCAGGAUCUGAUAGAGUCACGACAGCCCUGGAUAAGCCACGAGGUCUGACAGCAGUCAACAUCACUGACACUGAAGCUCUGCUGCUGUGGCAGCCGUCCAUCGCUACUGUGGACGGAUAUGUCAUCACUUACAGCGCAGACAGUGUGGCUCCAGUGAUGGAUCGGGUGUCUGGGAACACUGUGGAGUUUGAGAUGAGCUCACUCACACCUGCCACAUUAUACACCGUUAAAGUCUAUGCUGUCAGAGAAGCAGCCAAGAGUGCUGCAACCAACACAGAGUUCACCACAGAUGUUGAUGCCCCUCAGAAUCUGGCUGCCAGUAAUAUUCAAACAGAGAGUGCCAUGUUGACAUGGAAGCCACCAAGAGCAGAUAUCAGUGGGUAUAUCCUCAGCUUUGAGUCCGCUGAUGGCAUUGUCAAGGAGGUCGUCCUCAGCCCCACAGCAACAUUUUACAGCAUGUCCCCGCUGACUUCCUCCACAGAGUACACAGUCAAACUGCAGGCCAUCGCUGGGCCAAAGAGAAGCGGAAUCAUCUCUACAGUCUUCACCACCAACGGAGUGCUGUACAAGCAUCCUAAAGACUGCUCGCAGACUCUGUUAAAUGGAGAAACAACCUCAGGCCUGUACACUAUUUACCUGCGUGGAGAUGAGACUCAGCCUCUGCAGGUCUACUGUGAUAUGUCCACUGAUGGAGGUGGCUGGAUUGUUUUUGUGAGACGGCAGAGCGGUAAAGUAGAGUUUUUCAGAAACUGGAAAAACUACACUGCAGGCUUCGGUGACCUGAAUGAUGAAUUCUGGUUGGGUCUCUCUAACCUCCAUAAGAUCACCUCCUCUGGGCAGUAUGAGCUGCGUGUGGACCUCAGAGAUAAGGGCGAGUCUGCAUAUGCGCAGUAUGACAAGUUUUCAGUCUCUGAACCACGCAGUCGCUACAAAGUGCAUGUUGGAGGAUACAGCGGCACUGCAGGUGACUCAAUGACGUAUCACCAUGGCCGCCCAUUUUCAACCUACGAUAAUGACCACGAUAUAGCUGUCACCAACUGUGCUCUGUCUUAUAAGGGAGCUUUCUGGUAUAAAAACUGUCAUCGAGUGAAUAUAAUGGGCCGAUAUGGAGACAACAGUCAUAGCAAGGGUGUAAACUGGUUCCACUGGAAGGGUCAUGAGCAUUCCAUUGAGUUUGCAGAGAUGAAGAUCAGGCCCGCCAACUUCAGGAAUUUUGAGGGAAGGAGAAAGCGAUCGUAAACCAGUGCACUCUGGCUUGAACCAACCAACACUCCUCUGCUGACCAUUCGCCCCUUGUUUCUCCUGCAUCAUCUCAUCCCCUUCAUCUACCAAAGCCACUGCCAGGAGCCCAGCCUGCUCUUUACACUCUCCUAUUCAUGGAAGUACAAAAAAUGCCCCCCACCCUCAGACCCCCAUUCAAAGCUAUACAGCCCAUACACAGUUGUGUGUGUACCACUUCUGUGCACGUCAAUCUGACAGUAAACUCAUAGUGAAGUUUUUAACAUUACACAUUGUGCCUGUACAACAUAAGCACACCAAAGACAGAAACUCCAGUAACAUAUAUAUAAUACAAUGCCGAUGGAGGGAAGAUUUUGAGUUUGGCUUGGUGCUUUCCGGUUAAAAAAUAACAAUAUUAUUCUUUCUGUAUAUCUUAUACAAUUACAGUGGAGAGUUGAAUGUUUGUGUGUGGUAGUUUUGCAUUAGAGCCUCUUCCCUAGGCUGAGAAUUAGCCUCAAGAAUACUUUAUCCUUUAACUUCUCAAUUAGGGUGAGAGGUUUAAUGGUACAUAAUAAAAACUCAGCAUUUAAAAUGCAUGAAUGCAUAAAGAAUAUCUAGUGGGGAGGCUCAGAGAUUUUUGUCAUCUUUUUCUAGUCUGUCUGUGACAAAUCUAAGUACCCAUGCUCUGAUUUCUCUCUCCCACAACUCAUGCAUUCAUCAGUUCUGAAGUCCAGUGGCAUGUUUCUGGAACUGUUUCUAGUACCUUUACAGUACUGUUAAGUGUUCAUUUGUAUGCACCUUUCGUUGUGUUUCCUUUACCCUAUAACUAUAUUGGCAUUCAGUCACAGAGCAUAAGAAUCUUGUUGAUUGUUAUCCUCUAAAAGAUUUAAAUUAAACAAAAGUCAAGGCAGGAUCUAUGUUCAAUCUUUGGUUUAAGUGAUACUGUGUACACCAGUUAUGAGCUUGUAUAAGAUUCAUGAAAGAAAAGUAAUGGUGAGGUUAUUGGAAUUAUUGUAAACAUAGCCUCAUAUGAAAGUUCUGUUUAAAAAAAAAAAUUAAAAAAAAAUAAAAAAAGAAUUAAUAUACAGAAUAAGUCUUCGUGUUCGCCCCCUAUAUCGACUAAACCACUGACCCCUAUACAAUACCUGUGUAAAUUAUGUCUCGUUUUGGUAUUUGAAUAUUUUUGUUUGUUUGUUUGUUUAUUAAAUGGGUGUACAACAGAUGUUUCUUUGUAACCCCUCUUACAAUUAAACAGAUUUUGUUUAAUAAA